AUGCACGAUUUGAAAGAGUACGGCGAAGAGCAGCUGCUAGAGCUGUCGCAUCUGCUUCAGAUGGAAAUAAGCGAAAAAACAGACCCAUCAGAAAUAGCAGCAAAGUUAACAGAAGAUGUUAUUGAAUCAGUUGAGAAAACAAACAUAGCAGAAAAAGCAGAGUCUCUAGGGGGAAGUAAAAUUAGGAGCAUUCGCGUUGUAUAUUCCUUAGUGAUCACAGCCCUCUACGACAAAAUAGUUAAGAACCACCCAGAAAGGAUUGUUGAAAUAUUUCCGUACAUAGAAGGACGGAUCCGUGAUAAAGACAGGCGAAUUAGGCAGCAUGUAGUUUCAUUUGUCUUCAGGAAUGUGACGGCUUUAACAAGUGAAAAUAUAAACCUGCAUAUUAUAACGAAAACCAUUAUAGACCUUCUGAAGAACAGAAAUAAGCAAGUGAGGUUCUUCUAUUUGAAGAUGAUUUCAUCAAAUACAAAUGCAUUUGCGGAGAUGAUGUCUCUAAGAGACGUAAAGUAUCUGGUGAACACACUGGCUUUGCUAUGCGAGUGCUACCAGCAGGAAAAAAGACCUAUUGCAGGGCUCAUGCGAAGGGCAGUUGCAAUAUGCGCACGGCUGAAGUAUUUAGGGAAGCUGCAGCUUAUUGGGAUGUUUCCACUCUUUGAGGCUUGCGACUUCUCGUCUGCAGAGAUCCUUCCGUUCGUACAGAAGUUGUAUAAGAGAUGCGAAAAGGAGCUUGUGAAUACAGGAUUUAUUCGGACACUGGAGGAGCACAGAGAGAGAAAUAAGCACGGGCACAUAUACAGAAACCUUCUUCUGCUGCUGCAGCACGGACUAAACCAAAAGCUAAGUAUAUUCGAGAAAUACAGUGCUGAUGUAUACAGCAUAGAUGUGGAGGAGACACGGCUGCACAUCUUCAAACUCUUAAGAGAGUCAAAGUACAACACAAACCCUUCCUUAUUUCUGUCAGAUGUAAAGAACAUGUUUAAUGUCCUGCCAGAGCGAAAGUCCCCAGAUCUGUGCGAAAUUCUUCUUGCUGCUUACUUUGCAUACGUGCAGGAGGGUCUUGUUUCUCUGGGGGAGUUCAAAGACAAAGUUAUGUACACGUUCAAAACGGAGAAGCAUUCAAAGCAAGGAAUUCUCUCCUUCUUGGACUCUCUUGUAAAGACUGUGCAGAUGAAGAACCCGCAGCAGCCCAGUAAUAGUACUCUAGGAGCAGGACCAUCCACUCUAAAUCCAUCAAAUAUCUCAACUGCCCCUAUUACUGCUUCUUUAAACAACCAAUCUGAAGUAUUUUCUCUUCAGAGCAUAAAUCUAACACAAAGUGAUCUACUGCAAGAAGAAGGCGGCCUGCAGAUAAACAGAGAGGGUGAUAUGAAUACGAAUGAGAACUACAGUGACCUAAACAAGAGUAAAGAGGUCAUAGAGAAGAGACCCUCCAGUGAGGUAAGUGCAGAGCUGGCGCAGACUCUGUUCUCGCUCAUAAAAGAAAUUCUUCAUCAUCUGGUGGAGCACAAAGAAGAAGAGCUUGAACUAUUCCUGAACUAUUUCAAUCCAUUUGAAUACAGCACAGGCCUGCCGCUCUACUCAAUCACGAACACAGUUACGUUUUACUGCGUGCUUUGGUACGUCCACACGAUUCAGCCACAGAGCACACUGCCAGAUCCAUGCGCACCUACCUCUGUGCAGAUACAGAAGAUCACGCACUGUGACUUUGACAUUUCGCUUGAGUUUUAUUCCGUGCUGUACAUUCUUGCAGAAACAUCCAGCCAGUUCAUGAGCACUCUUAAAGACGAGAUGUUUGUGCAGAUUUCAGUGUACAUAGAGAGUGCUUUGAGCAGUAUCCGUGGCUCAAGAGACUAUCUCCUCUCAAACUACAACGAAUUAUCGUACUCAAUUGAUGGGCUGAUUUCCCAGCUGGACAAAAAGAACUGCACGCAAGAGGCAACACAGCAGAUACUCAAACAUAAUAUUUCCUCAGUCGUAUCCCUUCUUCUGUACCUCUUGAAUGCACCGAACACCCAGAGGAGCAUGCAGGCCAUCAAAGAGUACGCAUGCACAGUGCAAAUCAAGCCAGCAGACAUUGAAAUAGCCAAGAAGUACGGAAUUAUCUCAGCAAAAACAAUGCGCAAGUUUGAGAAGUUCAUGAGCAUGACAAACAAAGAAACAAAAGCAUCUGCAGCUGAAAUAGACCUAUCCUCUGUUACAGAGCACUCCAUAUCAACCAAUCUGGACACAAAUAUUAUAGAAGGAAUGUCCAAGAUAGAUGAUAAUAAAUAG